GUGGUGGCGCUAUCGUCGCUAGAGUACCAGGGUAGGGAAGAAGUCGAAGGCUCAUUGGUCGACUCUCGUAACGUGUCGCAUCUGUUUUUGUAGUUGCUUGCUUGGCAUAAUCCGUGUUAAUUUGUACAGAUGCACUAACUGCGUACGCGUACAUUUGAUUAGCAUCUGCGUCUUGUAGCUGUGCUUCCAGAAAUUCGUAUAUACCGAGAGUCGUGUAAAAAAAGAACAGACAAGGAGGAAAUCUGUUUGGGUAGAAAGAAUAUAAUAUCGUUGGUGAGAAGAAGUAUCUUGGAAUUCUCAGAUCGCAUAUUUGUGCUUGCAGUGAGCAGGUGAAAGAAUUAUUCUUGCAUUUAACAGUGAUAAUAAUCGUUGAUUAGGCUUCGUUGAAAAUUUGAAGUUUUCAAAACAACGUUGUUAAACGGAUGCUCGAAUAUCGAUAAUCGAUAAGAUAAUCCUGACAUAAGAAAUAACGGUGAUCGAAUCGAUUCGUUUGAUCGCCUGUGAAUUUCCAUUGAUCGGCAACUCCACACCUCGAAAAGGAGGAAAGUUCGGUGCACGCGAUUGGUAGAAAACUGUAAUUUUAACCUUUCACGUUUCCGGAACAAGGGGAAAUCGGAUUUAUAAAUCUGGUUCGAACGUCGAGACUAAUAAAAAAAGAGAAACCAGGCAGCCGUACAGACGGACAGACAGCAGCGAGUGAGAUUGACACGACUGUUGAAUCCUUUGCGCUGCUCAGUUUGAGAAGGGUACUCUGCAAGAGAGCAGAGAAGUCGGUGCUAUAUAAUAUUCCGCUACCGAGCAACAUAGCAAGCGUAAAGAUGGGCUUGGGAAACAAGAUGUCUGAAGAGAAUCCGGAGAUGCGGGAAAUGGCAGCGCGUAUAUGUCGCGAUUAUCUCCACGGAGUUUGGAAACACGUUACCGCGGAGAACAUUGCACUGAAACGUAUCAGUGGUGGCCUGAGCAAUUGGCUGUACAGCGUUCAGCUGCCGAACGGAGCCGUUCCGAUUCGCGGAGAGCCGCGACAAGUCCUGCUACGACUGUACGGACAAGUACACGGGGAGAGAGCGUUGGAGGGGCUGAUCACGGAAUCGGUGAUUUUCACGUUGUUGUCGGAAAGGCGGCUCGGCCCGAAAUUACAUGGCAUAUUCCCCGGCGGUCGUAUCGAGGAGUACAUACCCGCUAGACCGUUGCUCACCAAGGAAUUGGCAGACCCAACGUUGAGUUCCAUGAUAGGCGAGAAAAUGGGCCAGAUUCAUAUGAUGCAAGUUCCCAUAAGCAAAGAGCCAACCUGGCUUUGGGAUACUAUGGCGAAAUGGUUGGACACGACAUCCGAUAUUCUCGAGAACCUUGAAGAUAUAGACGUCCGACACGCAAAGAGCGUAAACGCGAUACGCUCGAUUGAUCUAGAUCACGAGAUUAAAUGGUUCAGAUCUCUGGCAUCGCGGCAAAAGUAUCCGGUCGUUUUCUGUCACAACGACAUGCAGGAAGGUAACAUACUCUUGAGACAAAACACGCGAAAACCGGAACUGGUUCUUAUCGACUUUGAAUACUGUUCUUACAACUACCGCGGAUUCGAUAUAGCGAAUCACUUCAUCGAAUGGCAAUACGAUUACACGGCGGCGGAAUACCCCUUCUUCCACGAACGCACAGGAUCCGGACCUACGAAAGAACAAAAGCUCAACUUCGUAAAAAGUUAUUUAAAGACGGUUGGCAAAGAAGGGACAUUGGAAGAGGAACGAAUUAUGACGGAGAUCAAAAUAUUCUCUUUGGCGAGUCACUUGUUUUGGAGCUUAUGGAGCAUCGUCAACGCCAAACUCUCCGAAAUUCCAUUUGGAUAUUGGGAUUACGCUGUAUCUCGACUGAAAAACUACCAGUACUUGAAGGAAAAGAUGCUGGUAUCAGGCCCACCGACGAUAGAUACCGACGACACGGAUACAAAGAUAAAUGCUAUCGAUUGAGAAGCCCGAAUACCGACCGGUCCUCUGCGGUGUACCGUGAAGAAUUUCACUCUUUCAACGUGACUACAAAGUUUGCCUGCUACACAUUUUCAUGUGCUCGUGAUUAUCUUGCCAGAAUAUCGCCAUGUAUCCUUCUUUUCUUCUAGAAAAUUGUGAUACAUGUUUCAUACUUUUGUUCAAGGAAGGAAAAUAGAAUGAAAGGAAUGAUGCCGGCGGAACGUUUAGGAGAAUACAGAGAAUAGAGAAAAUAGAGGAAUAAAGAGAGAAUGGAGAGAAAAGAGGUAGAAGGGCGUUGGUUUACGCAUUACAAAUGUGAUAUAGGAUAAGUGCAUUGUCAUUCUCAGUCUCAUUCUUAUUUUCAUUCUCAUUUCCAUUCUCAUUUUCAUUCUCAUUCUCAUUUUCAUUAUCAUUGUCAUCAUUUUCAUUCACAUUCUCAUUUUCAUUCUCUCAUUUUCGUUCUCGUUCUCGUUCUCGUUUUCAUUCUCAUUCUUAAUUCUGAUUCCUCUUUUCGUGCAUAUUUUUAUGUUUAUUCAUAUUCGUAAUAUUCUUCACAAAAAUACACGAUGCGCGUGCACGCUCGGGCUCGCACAAUCAGUCAUGGCGGAUGAGCCAGUGGAAGGGUACGAGAGACAGAGAGAGAGAGAGUGAGAG